CAUAGACAUUUUUCAUCGAAAUGAUAACAUGAAAUUUCAAAUUUUCUAUAUUUUUUUAGUUUUUGUAGGACUUGUCCUUUCAAUAGAGUUGAAAGGAUCUAUUGUUCCUAAUACAUAUCUCUCCUCACCGAGAUUUUUACCUUCUUCUACAAUUAUUUUAUUAUCAUCAGCAAAUAUCUUAAAAAAAACACAUCCAACAUCUAAAGGAAACUUUUCUAUUAAAAAUGUUACAGAAGGCUCUUAUUUAUUAGAAGUCGUAUGUUCUACACAUCUAUUUGAUCCCUUAAGAGUGGAUAUUUCUUUGAUUAAAAAAACUCAAACAGAUGAAUUAAAUCUGUCUUCCGAAAAAGAUUCAGAAACCUCAUCUUUAGAACGAAUUCAGGUAUAUAAAGUAUACCGGGGCAAUAAAUGGGAUGAUUUUGGACCUAAAAUGCCCUAUCCAAUUCAGUUUAGUCCUAUAGGUGUUCAAUCUUAUGAUGUUAAAAAGGAUUCUUCAAAAAUUCAGUUACUUAAAAAUCCUAUAGUUCAAUUAUCUAUUAUAACGGUAACUAUUUUAUUUAUUUUCCCAAGACUAAUAAGUACAUUGGACACGGAACAAUUAAUGGAAUAUCAACGGACACAUGCACAAAAAAAAGGAAAAGACUACCCAAAUAAAGCUCAAUCUUUUGAUAUGGCAUCAUGGCUUUCCAAUCAAACACUUAAAAGUUCAGAAUCGCAAAAAGACAAAAAGAACUAG